GCUGUUUGGAGCGCACAGUCCUCAGUAAUGAAUCCAGAAGAGCGAAUCGUGACAUGGCUUAUAUCCUUGGGAGUUUUAGAUUCCCCCAAAAAGACCAUCUGUGAUCCGGAGGAGUUCUUGAAGUCCUCGCUGAAAAAUGGGGUAGUACUGUGCAAACUGAUCAACAGACUUAGACCUGGCUCUGUAGAAAAGUACUGCCUGGAACCUCAAACUGAAGCCGACUGCAUCAACAACAUCAAUGACUUCCUGAAAGGAUGUGCGACCCUUCAAGUGGAGGUAUUUGAUCCUGAUGACCUUUUUUCGGGGGUCAACUUCUCCAAGGUCCUGAGCACUCUUUUAGCUGUCAACAAAGCAACAGAAGAUCAGCUGUCAGAAAGACCAUGUGCACGUUCCUCUUCUCUUAGUGCUGCUAAUAGUUCCCAGACAAACCCACAGGGAGCAGUUUCUAGCACAGCUCCAGGGCUGCAAAGGCAGUCAAAGCCAGUGGAGAUGACGGAAAAUGGAAGUCACCAGUUGAUUGUAAAGGCAAGAUUCAACUUUAAACAGACUAAUGAAGAUGAACUGUCAGUCUGUAAAGGAGACAUCAUUUAUGUCACUAGGGUUGAGGAAGGAGGCUGGUGGGAAGGCACAUUAAAUGGCAGAACGGGCUGGUUCCCUAGCAACUAUGUCCGGGAAAUUAAAUCCAGUGAAAGACCUCUCUCUCCCAAGGCUGUCAAAGGAUUUGAAACUACUCCACUUACCAAGAAUUAUUAUACCGUGGUGUUACAGAACAUCUUGGACACUGAAAGAGAUUAUGCUAAAGAACUUCAGUCUCUUCUUGUUACUUACUUAAGACCCCUGCAGUCUAAUAACAACCUGAGUUCUGUGGAGUUUACGUCUUUAUUGGGAAACUUUGAGGAGGUAUGCACAUUUCAACAGACGCUCUGCCAAGCCUUGGAAGAAUGUUCUAAGUUUCCAGAAAACCAACACAAAGUAGGAGGUUGUCUACUGAACCUCAUGCCUCAUUUUAAAUCUAUGUAUCUGGCUUACUGUGCAAAUCAUCCUUCAGCUGUAAAUGUACUCACCCAGCACAGCGAUGACGUGGAACAAUUUAUGGAAAGCCAAGGUGCAUCCAGUCCAGGUAUCCUCAUGUUAACAACAAGCCUCAGCAAACCGUUCAUGCGACUGGAAAAGUAUGUUACUCUCUUGCAAGAGUUGGAACGGCAUAUGGAGGAUACGCAUCCAGAUCAUCAGGAUAUUCUGAAAGCAAUCAUAGCAUUCAAAGCUCUCAUGGGGCAGUGCCAAGACCUAAGAAAGAGAAAACAGCUGGAGUUGCAGAUACUUUCUGAACCUAUUCAGGCAUGGGAAGGGGAGGAUAUCAAAACCUUGGGAAAUGUGAUUUUUAUGUCACAAGUAAUGGUGCAGUAUGGAACAUGUGAGGAAAAAGAGGAGCGGUACUUCCUGUUAUUUUCCACCGUCUUGAUAAUGUUAUCUGCAAGUCCUCGGAUGAGCGGCUUUAUCUAUCAGGGAAAAAUACCAAUAGCAGGAAUGAUGGUGACUAGAUUAGAUGAAAUUGAAGGGAAUGACUGCACAUUUGAAAUCACAGGUAACAUAAUAGAGAGAAUUGUGGUCCACUGCAACAACAACCAGGACUUCCAGGAAUGGCUGGAGCAGCUGUACAAACUGAUCAGGGGACCUGCCUCUUGCGGUUCAUUAUCCAAAACCUCAUCGUCAUCUUGUAGUGCUCAUUCCUCUUUUAGCUCUACUGGACAGCCCCGAGGACCCUUGGAGCCUCCUCAAAUUAUAAAACCGUGGAGUUUAAGUUGUCUACGACCUGCACCUCCACUUAGACCAUCAGCAGCGCUAGGUUAUAAAGAGGAGUCUAGUAAAAGCCCCAAAACGAUGAAGAAGUUUCUUCAUAAAAGAAAGACUGAAAGAAAGCCAUCAGAGGAGGAAUAUGUGAUUCGGAAAAGUACGGCUGCUCUGGAAGAAGAUGCUCAGAUUCUUAAAGUGAUUGAAGCCUACUGUACCAGCGCAAAUUUUCAACAAGGCCAUGGCUCAAGUGCUCGCAAAGAUUCAGUUCCGCAAGUCUUACUCCCCGAGGAAGAGAAACUCAUCAUCGAAGAAACCAGAAGCAACGGCCAGACCAUCAUCGAAGAAAAGAGCCUUGUUGAUACCGUUUAUGCCUUGAAGGAUGAGGUCAAGGAACUGAAACAGGAGAAUAAAAGAAUGAAGCAAUGCCUGGAAGAAGAAUUGAAAUCAAGAAGGGACCUAGAAAAGCUGGUCCGGAGGCUGUUGAAGCAAACUGAUGAGUGUAUUCGGUCUGAAUCCAGUAGCAAGACCUCCAUUCUUCCAUAACCAUCACUGUGCAGCUGGGCAGAGUGUGCCUUCAGGGCAUCUUGAAAUGUCCCACUGAGUGAUUUGACUCAGUUUGCUCACUUCUUUGGUUUUUAUUUUGUGUCUGAGUUAGUCUCUCUCUCUUUCUGUCUGUGUUUGCUUGAGUGUUUGUUGUUGUUUGGUUAGUGGUUGGUUGUUUAUUUUUUUCAAUAGGGGUAAAAGGAAGAGGUGGUGGUAGAAAUCUCCCCAGAGUCUUUUCCUUUCAAUAAGAAAAGGAAAGUUAGUACAGGCCAAUGACUUAAAUGGUCUUCAGCUGGCCUUCAGUUCAUAGCGCCUCCUCAAAAGACUUUACCCUCGGGUUUCUUGUUAGGCUGGCUGCUAUCCCAAAGCGGCUGGCCAUAGCUUACUAAAUGUGAACUUCACUUUUCCCCCCAUGCUUUCCUGCACCUGGAAGCCCCUCAGUAUCUAGUUUACUGAAGGCAAAGCUUCUUGAGCUAUGACCCUAGUACAGUGAAAGACAAACACAUUUGCCCAAUGAUCCAGCUGACAUUCCCUGGACCAGCAUGUACCACCCCUCAAUACACACUUCUUUUUAAUUACUGGCCUAUGUUGUCUCUAAGACCAAGAAAACAGGAGUGCCCUUAUUCCUUUUGUGUUAGUUUACAUUUUAACUCUGUGGGGCAGAAGCUCUGGUCAUCCAUGCCAACACCAAAUCCAUUAGCAAAUUGCACUGGACAAUCCUCCCCUCAGCAACAAAGUUGACCAUCUCUUCCCAGUGCGUGAUAGGUUUUUUCCCUAGCCUUCUGCCUCUUAUGUAAGGUUUAUAUUUCCCUAGUGCUUUUAGCCAACCCUACCAAGCAGUGUGUAAACUAGUAUGUGUGUGCUUUGCUUACGUUUGAACAAUAUAGACUGAGCAGUUACUUUAUCUACAUUGCAUAUUCAAAUUGUCACUUCUCAUCCUUCAAAACAAUCUGCGUUGAGGAGAUAUUGUGCCCUAGUAGACAGCUUUAAUUCACCUUCUUGCUCUCCUAUAUAUGCUGUGAGAAGCUGUAAUAUUCAUCAGCCUCCUUGGGUAGGACUUCUAAGCAUUAUUUGCAGAAAUGCUCUGCAGAAAAGGUCCAGUUCAUAUAUCCAGAAAGAAAGGGCCCCUUUAGUAGCUGUGUGCUGGUUACGAGUGAAGCUGAUUAUUUGGAACUGGUUUACUCAAAUUGCUCAUUGAAUCAAAGCAUUGCCUUUGCAAGGAUCUCAGAAAUUAGAACUGUGAUAAACCAAGCUUAGCAGAGGGUCACAGAAUGGCAGCACACCCUUCUCGUGUGUGUCCAAAUCUCACACACUGCCCAAAUCUCGCAUAGUUGAAAGUUAGCCUGAGGCUCUAGGACAGAGCAGUGCAAGCCCUCCCCUCUCUCUCCCAAAGACAAGGGAAAUUUGGGCCUGGUGGGGAAGAUCACUGCAAAGAGAUAUAAAGGGUCAAUGGGUUGAUCAAAGUUGUCUUCCAGAUAGCCUUAAUGGGUGCCUACAAAUGUGGUUUUUGCAAAUGUUGUCUAGAAACCAAACUUGAAGCUUGAAACCCCCAGCUUGCUAAGCCCUUUGUCUUUCUAGUCCUGGGGGUCUCGAGUUCCCAUAGCUACACGGUACAGGGCUGUUGACUGCUCACUGCACAGCAGAAAUCACACCAUCCAUAGGAAAUGCACUAUUCCUGCAGUUCAACAUCAGCCAACCACACACAGCUGUCUUUGGAAGCUGAAGGGUGAAGAAGGUUUCUAGGAAUGGCUGUUGUCCUGCUUUAAAGCACAGCAGUUUAGAAGUGCCAUCCUUCGCCUAAGAAUUAACACCACCACCACCACAGAUCUUAGCGUCUGCCCUGUCUGUGGUUAGUCAAUGGCUUGCAAUAAAUGUGCAAACUAUAUCCAUAGGAAACAUUUUUGUGAUUACAAAAUACUUUAGUUGAUAGCAUAUAGGAUUGCUUAAAAUAUUGAAAGGUCUUUAUUUUAAAGUGUCGUGUACAUAAGCAUGUUUUUGGGACUUGGCCUUUCUGAUGCGAGGCCCUCGGUACUCUGGAUAAUGAAGCUUGUGCAGAGUGGUGUCCGCACUCACACACUAAACAAUAAUAUAAAGGAAAUGAAGCCAUGUUAACGUGAGAGCAGUGUCUCCAUAGUUGUGUUGUUUACAGUACUCUAUAAAUGGGUUCCUGUUUGCCUGUAAUUAAACUGCUGCCCUUAGAGGCCUUUCAGUUCCUCUUCUGUCAUGUCCCUUCUUACACAAGCUCAGAUUUUCUAACUUGUUUUUAUUUUGAAGACUUUUAAAAUGGACAUUUUCAAUAAAUAAGAAUAACAGUGCUUUAUAAAAUAAGUCCUGUGUUUCUUUCUUUCUUUCUUUCUUUUGCUAGCUGGUGUGCAGAAAGAUUUCUCAUGCUGUGUCAGCUUCCUCUCCCGCUCCCCUCAUUAGCUGUCUACUCUCAUCAGACCCCCUAGCCAGCUUCUACCUUUGUCACUCAGGGCAGAUGAUAUUUGCUCCUUACUUUACAGGGAUGAUACCUGCCAUGAGACAGAACCUUCCUCAGCUUCUCCACUGGUCCUAACCUAUGAACUGUCUGUACCUCUUCUCACCAUUUUCCUUCCAAUAUUAGAGAAAGAGAUAUCCAUUUUCCUGUUCAAGCUUAUUCCUUGAUCUUUAGUCUUAUCCCCAUCCCUCUUUAUAUUUUGCAGGAUUUUGUCUAUCAGUGAUAUCCUAUAUUUUGGCCACAGUUGGAAUGCUGUUGUGAGCAGUCAGGAUGAAAAUAUUUGGCCCACCUUGAGAUAGAUGUGCUGGAUAUUAUCUGUUACUACUCAGCAUCCAUUCCUCUCUCUUUUAUGUUUCCCCACCAGAGGGCUAAAAAAAUACGUAUCCCAGACUCCCUUGCAGCUAGAGUUCAGGAUACAAUGUGAGUUCCGAUACAUUUUCAGUUCUGCCAAUGAGAUGCCUUUACACAGUGUUUGGAAGGCUUAAGUAAGGCAGAGGCUGUCUUCCCAAGGCGUGGUGGCUAGCAAGCAGUUCCAAGGUUAUGUUUGUGGCUUUUGUACUCUACAUUCCAGUGUGUCUACUCACAGUGUCGUGGAUGAGAGACUGUAGUGGCAGCAGUGGUGGUAUCAGCAGCAGCUUCCUAGACUAGAUUUGGAUCAUAACCACAGUGCUCUGACCUUGAAGCCAUUAGUCCAAUGAAAGCCCCCUGACUUCCACUUAUGUAGCCAUCGAUUUUCAAGGUACCUAAGGUUACCUUCUGCUUGAGACAUCUUCAGCUGUUUAUGUUUCCUACUCUGAAGCAAUAAAUAUAACAUUGCAUCUCCUGUGUGCUAGGCCCUGUACUAAAUGUUUUAUGUGGUUAAGCUCAUGUAACCCUCACAACAAUCCUUUGAGGUAUUUACUGUUGUUAUCCCUGUCUUACAAAUGAACAGAAGCAGAGAUGUUGAACAAUAUGCCAGUAUGUGUGGAGCUGGGAUUAGAGAGCCUGGUCUGUCUGCCUCUCGGAUCCAUACUCUUUCUACUACAUUUCCUCCUCUGCACUUGGCACCUGCUAAGUAGGCUUCUACCUCAGCCAUCUGGUCUUGUGAAGUUGCUAAUGAGCUCUUAAUUGACAAACCCAGGGAACACUUCUCAAUACUUAUCUUGACCUCUUUGUGGUAUUUGACCCUUACCUCCUUGAAAAAUCUCUCCUUUCUUGACUUUCAUGAACCCAACUUUCCUAGCAUUCAUUCAACCUUUCUGACCACCUCUCAAUCUUCUUUCUUGGAUCUUCCUUCUGUGCCUUUUCCCUGACCCUGUUCUUCGACACUCUUUUCCUCGUCUCUUCCUUUCUGUAGCCUCUUCCUGGACAACCUUGUCUUCUCCUAUAACUUCAUUUAUCAAAAGGCAGAUGACUCCUCCCAUGUCCAUAUUUUUCUCCUGAGCUCCAGACCCAUGGAUGCAGACACCUUCUGGACACCUCAGGUUGGGUGUCCUACAGCACGUCAAAUUCAACAUGUUUGAAACUAGACUUCUCACUCCUAUUCCCAAAUCUGUUCUUCCAAUGUUUCCCACCCUGGUGAACGGCACCCAUGGCCACUUAGUUUCCCUGGCCAGAAAAAUGGGUAUUAUCCUUCAUUCCACUUUCUCCCUCAACCCUGCAUAAGUCUAGUCUUCAAGGCUUACCAUUUUUAAUUCUGUCAUAUCCCCUGAAUUCCUCUCCAUCCUCAUGACUGUUGCCUAUUUUUGGCACUUGUCAUCUCUCUCUUGGACUAAUGCAUCUCCUUGCCUCUUGUGUCAUCUUCUCUAGUCUAGCCUCUUUGGUGUCAGUAGGAUGAUUAUCUAAAAGAACCGACUAUGCCAUUCGUCUAUUUAAACAUUUAAUCUCUUGCUUCGCCCUACCACACUCGGUAAAAUUUCAUCUCCCUGAAUUUCUAUUAAGUCCUGUAAUAUGCCAUUUGCCCUGCCUAGAAUCCCUUUUCCAUCCCUGUCCAUCAAGCAAAUUCUUUCCUUUCCAUUUAGAAUAAGCUCAAGUAUCUAUGUAAACUUAUGAUUUCUAAAAUGAAUAUACAUAUGUGUCUGUGCAUGUGUAUGUACAUUUAUAUAUAUGUAGUAUGUAUGUUUGUAUGUAUUAGGAUUCCCAGAUAAAAUACAAGAUGCUCAGUUAAAUUUGAGUUUCAAGUACACAGCAAAUAAUAUUUUGGUAUAGAUCAUGUCCCAAAUAUUGCAUGGGAUAUGUUUGUACUAAGUUUUUCGAAUGUUUACCUGAAAUUCCAGUAUAACUGGGUAUCCUGAAUUUUUAUUUGCUAAGUCUGACAGCUUUAGUAUAUAUGUAUAUAUAUAAAUGCAUACAAUUCCUAGGAGCAAUGACACCCUAAUAGCAGUGAAUGCAGCUAGUGCCCAGAACUUGGUUUCUAGACAUUAUAUUCUGCACUGAAAGGAACCAGGGCUCCUUGGAGAAAUGGCUGAUUCUAUGGCUGAGGCAGGGGAGGUACCAGAUGAGCCUGGAACAUCUUGUUGUGCCAAAAAGUAACAAAGUGCUGAAAAAAAAAAGAUAGGGGCAUGUUGCAAGGACACAGGUGCCAACUUGAAGAGGCUCCCGCUGGCCAAAUAGGGGACAAUUUGAGCACCAAAAUAAGGACAUUAAUGAAUUAGAAAACCCUGAAAAAGUAGAAAUCUAUGAGUCCAUGCUGAUUAAUAAAUAAGUGGAGAGAAAGGGAAGGCUCUUGUUUACAGACUGUGCUAAGUGUUGCCUGGUAAAUGUGGAAGAAACACCAGAAUUGGAAAAUCAUUAUUUUGCAACCAUCGUAGUAAAGACUGAUUCAGGCAAAAAUUAUCAUUGGAUGUUAAAUAUAGGGGGAAAUGAUGAUGAUGACCUAGAUACUUGCAAGGUCUUAAAGUGUUUCCCCCAAAACUGCUCGCAAGUUGCAAGGGGAAAAUAGUAACUAUGGAGUGGAGAAAUUGGCCAACACCUUAACUGAGUGAUCAAAAUUCACUUCAACAAUGAGAGGCAAAUGGCCAUCAUGUGCCUCCAGGUGUGAUAUCCUGAGAAGGACACCACAUCACUUAUGUAGUUUUCCAUCCAGGAAACAUCAGAAAAACUCAAAGUAAGGACAUUCUUUUUUUUAAAGGGGAGAGAUUGUUACUACAUUAGCCCAAAAUGCCAAAGUCAUUAAAGAUGAAGAAAGGCUGUGGAAAUGUUCCAGAGUAAAGGAGACUAAAAAGAGGCAUGACAACUUAAGGCAAUACCUGACCCUAGAUUGGAUCCUGUGCUGGAGGGGAAAAAUGAUAUAAAGGAGAUUAUUGGAUCACUUAACUGAAUUGGAAUGCAAAUGGAAGAUCAGGAUCUAUGUUAAUUUUACUGAAGCUGAUAACUGUACUGUGGUUAUAAACAAGAAUAUCUUUAUUCUUAGGAAGUACACACUGCUAAGUAUUUAGGGGUGAGGGCCAUGAUGUACACAACUUAUUCUCAAUUAAUUCAGAAAAAAGAUAUACCUGUUAUUUGUACUAUUCUUAUUUUUGCAACUUUUCUGUAAGUUUGAAACAAUUUUUAAAUAAAUUUUAAAAAGUCAACUCAA